AUGAGCAAUACUCCUGACACCAAUAACAAUGUUUUCUGCAAAAAAUUAUUUAAACCAAUAGUUUGGAUUGACUGUGAAAUGACAGGUCUAAAUCAUAUAGAUGAUCACAUCAUUGAGAUAUGUUGUAUAAUUACGGAUGGUAACUUAAAUGUGGUUGAUCCAAAGGGUUAUGAAAGUGUAAUUCAUUAUUCAAAAGAAAUUUUAGAUAAUAUGAACGAAUGGUGUGUUGAACAUCAUGGUUCUAGUGGGUUGACUGAAAAGGUUUUAACAUCUGAUAAGACUAGAGAACAGGUUGAGGACGAAUUGUUAUCAUAUAUCAAAAGUUACAUACCUGAUGAAAGAAAGGCCGUAUUGGCUGGUAAUUCCAUUCAUAUGGAUAGGUUGUUUAUGUUGAAAGAAUUCCCCAAAGUGAUUGAACAUUUAUUUUACAGAUUAAUUGAUGUAAGUACGAUCAUGGAAGUUUGUUAUAGACAUAAUCCCGAAUUACAAUAUGUUGCGCCAAGAAAAGUUACCGCACACACAGCUAGAUCAGAUAUUUUAGAAAGCAUUGCUCAAUUGAAAUGGUAUGAGGAACAUUACUUAAAAAAUAGAAAUGAAGUGGAAGGGUAUAUUGAACAAAGAAAUAAGGAAUUAGGAAACAAUUUGACAAUAAAAAAUAAUGAGAAGUUGUUAAAAGAUGAUACUGUUGGUGAUUCUACUGCAGAUGUGGUUAGUUCAUUAAAAAGAAAAUUGCAAGAAGAGAAAGAUGAGCAUAAUGAAAAUAGUAACACUGUAAAAAGCUCCAAAAAAGUUUAA